CAUUUCUUUUGUAUUUUUAACUCAAAUCACAUCCCACUUCACUGUUAAACACAGAAAACAAAACAUGUGACACGAGAGACAAUUCAUCAUCAUCAUCAUCAUCAUCAUCAUCAUCAUCAUCAGACCAAGUGACCAAGUCUUCCGUUAAACAACAACAAAAUCUCCCUCCCGAAAUCUCUCUUCGCGGUUUCAUUUUUCAUCGCUUUAUCGCUAUCUAACUCCCAGCAAAAAUACCAUCUUUUAUUCCCAACAAAAUCUAUGGCUCUUCAACUAAUCUUCUUCUUCUCCCUUCACCAUUACUGUACUCUCUCAAGCUUCUAAGCGUACUCGUCGUUGAUGGAGAUUCGGCAAUCCGCCAUGAAGCUUAUGGUCCUCCACUCCCAAUCCGACAAAACAAUUUCCCCCGACAACAACACUUUCCGACGAGAAUCCGGUAGGACCAGAUGGAGAAUCUCCAUGUACCGGUCGUCAUCUUCGUCUUCCUCCUCCGGGAAUUCACCGUCGAAACAGGAAAUCCCGGCGGAAUUCCUCUGUCCGAUUUCUGGGUCGUUGAUGUCUGACCCAGUCAUCGUCUCCUCCGGUCACUCCUUCGAACGAGCUUGUGUCGUCGCCUGUAAAACCAUAGGGUUUACACCGACCUCCUUGCUCCCGACGUCGCCGCCGGAUUUCUCCGCCGUCAUCCCAAAUCUCGCGCUCAAAUCCGCUAUUAUCAGCUGGUGUAGCCGGAAAUCGGUCCCGCCGCCGAAGUCGCUCGAUCCCGCCACAUGUAAAUUUCAAUCGAAGAACCAGAAAUCCAAACCGAGCCCGAAAGUGUCGGUCUCAGAGAAGGAGCUUAUCCAAGCGAUCAAGGACAAACCCUCAGCGAGGCUAGACCACGCCGCGACAGAGCUUGACCGGCGGCCGAGUUACUUCCACUCGAGCUCUGACGACUCAGUCGCGUCUUCGAGUCAUCCGUUCCAGCUCACAACUCGGCCGAGUUGCUUCUCCUCCCCUUCCUCCGCCGAGAUCGAGUCGUUGGUCCCAAACCCGAGUCCCGAAGAGGAAGCUCUGCUCGUGAAGCUCAAGAGCCCCCGAACGUUGGAGGUAGAAGAAGCUCUGAUUUCGCUGAGACGAGUCACGCGGAUCGACGAAGCUUCGAGGACUCGAUUCUGUACGGCAAGGCUCACCUCCGUUCUCCGGUCACUGAUCGUUUCCCGACACACGGCGGUUCAGGUGAAUGCCACGGCGGUGCUGGUGAACCUCUCGCUGGAGGUAUCGAAUAAGGUGAGGAUCGUACGGUCAGGACUCAUUCCUCCUCUAGUCGACGUCCUGAAAUCCGCCGGAUCGCCAGAGGCUCAGGAGCACGCCGCCGGUGCCCUCUUUAGCCUCGCACUCGAUGACGAGAACAAGACCGCCAUCGGCGUCCUUGGAGCCCUAGAACCGCUCCUCCAUCUCAUCCGGGUCGGAACCGAAUUGACCCGGCACGACUCGGCGCUUGCUCUGUACCAUCUCUCGCUCAUCCAGAGCAACCGGAGCAAGCUCGUGAAGCUCGGGUCGGUCUCAGUGCUCUUAAACAUGGCGAAGUCAAGUCAGAUGACGGGCCGGGUCCUUCUGAUACUCUGCAACAUGGCAUCGUGCCCGGUGAGUCGACCCGCUCUGCUCGACUCGGGGGCGGUGGAGUGCAUGGUGGGUCUCCUGCGGGGGCCGAACGAGCUGGGCGAGUCGACUCGGGAGAGCUGUGUGGCGGUGCUGUACGGGCUGAGUCACGGCGGCGGGUUGAGGUUUAAGGGUCUGGCGAUAGCGGCGAACGCGGCGGAGGUGUUGGCGAAGGUGGAGAGGACGGGGAGGGAGCGUGCGAGGCAGAAGGCUAAGCGAAUCCUGGAAGCGAUGAGGGCGAAAACGGAGGAGCCGUCGCCGGGAAACGAAGAAAUUGACUGGGAAGAGCUGCUUGACUCGGGGACGGUGACCCGGACUCGGCGUCGCCUCGGUGAGGAGUCGAGUGCUAACUCGUCCGAGUUUUGACCCCCCCCCCCCAAAGGCAACUCGGAUUUUCUUUCACCCUUUUUCUUUAUUUUUUACAUUUC